CUACACUACACUACACUACACCACACCAAUUCUCCAGCCAUUUCUUUGAUGCGCGAGAACCAUCAAGAGCCGACAGGCUUCUUCUUCUGACGUUCUCUAGAUUGCUUUGUGCGAUUCUUUAUCUCGAUCUUGCACAGUCCUCAACAAGUCUUCACUCUCCCUUCCAUGCCGUCUUAGUUUGCGCGCAUCUUCUAGUCUUACCCGGUUAAUCCGUCGCAACCGCGACUUUCCACGUCUGCAUCGGCCAUGGCGGAGAGCAUAGGAUCGUCUGCUUCAGGUUCGUCUUUUGUCGCCGCACCAAGUUGCUCUGUUCAUGUCGAGUUGACAAUUGAUCCCCAGGCCAUCCAAGCCUGAACCUCAAUGCCGAAGAGAAACGAGUCUACGGACAACUCCUGAAAGACGCCGACCCUGAUGGCUUCGGAGCCGUGUCUGGGGAUGUGGCUGUUAAGUUCUUUGAGCGUACAAAGCUCCCCGCAGACGUGCUUGGACAGGUCAGGAUGCAUCGCAUAUGAGGACGAGAGCUGCCACUGACGAGAGGCAGAUCUGGCAAAUUGCCGACACGGAAAAUCGAGGCUUCUUGACGCCAGCAGGCUUUGGAGUUGCUUUGCGAUUGAUCGGACAUGCACAAGCUGGCAGAGCACCAUCUGCACAGCUGGCACCACAAUCGGCUCCUUUGCCUCGAUUCGACAACGCCGCAAACGAACAACCACAGCCGGCACCGUUACCACCGCAACCUAUUCCUCAGCAGUCAACCGGAACACCAGCGAGUCCUACUCCCGCGGUUCAUCCAAUCCGUGUCCCAGCCUUGGGUCCCGACAAGGUCGCGGAAUAUUCGUCGUUAUUUGAAAAGUCCGGUGCAGAGAACGGCUUCCUUUCAGGCGUGAUUGCCAAACAGAUAUUUGAAAGAGCGAGAUUGCCAAACGAUGUGCUUGGGAGAAUCUGGGCGUUAUCCGACACGCAGGGACGAGGGACCCUGGAUGUCACGGAGUUCGUCAUUGCAAUGCAUCUCCUGACAUCCUACAAGUCUGGCCAAAUGCGAGGUGUUCCCAACACCUUGCCAUCCGGCCUCUAUGAAGCCGCCAGCCGCCGAACACCCGUGCGGAUGGGAAGUGGUUCACGUCCAGGUUCGAGUGCAAUGCAAGGUGUACCUCCCCAGAUUCCUGCGUUUAAUGCACGACCACAAAGUCCUAUUACUCGGCAACAGGUCAGCACACCACUAUCUGCACAAUCCACGGGUGAAGUCUGGGCAAUCACGCCUACUGACAAAGCCCGCUUCGAUACGAUUUUUGCGAGCAUUGACCGUCAAGGCUCGGGUUAUAUCAACGGCGAACAGGCCGUGGAGUUCUUUGGGAAUGCCCGGCUCCCCGAAGAGAUCCUUGCACAGAUCUGGGACCUGGCAGAUGUCAAUUCUGAGGGUCGACUGAACAAAGAUGAAUUCGCCGUUGCAAUGUACUUGAUACGUCAGCAGCGGGCUACGAAAGAUGGCCGAGGCAACUUGCCCCAAACUUUGCCUCCAGCUCUCAUUCCACCGAGCAUGCGGAAGCAACAAGCACCUCCGCCUCAACCGACAGCGCCAUCUUUUGAGAAUGCUCCAGUCACCAAACCUCGAUCCGCCGCUGACGAUCUCUUCGGUCUCGAUGCAUUUGGGCCUGCGCCAACCGCUCCUGCAACUGCACCACCUCAAGUUGCCCAGUCUACAGGCGGCACUGAUGCUGGCCCCUUUGCCAACCCUCCAAGCUUUGCUGCAGGUCUUUCUCCCCAGCACACAUCAACAACAUUUAAACCGUUCAUUCCUUCCAGCUCAUUUGGACAGAGUAUUAUCCCCCAGUCGACAGGUUCUCCUGCCCCACAAGCAAAAUCACCUCCUAUGUCAAAUGAUGAUCUUCUUGGAGACGCAGAUCCAGAGGUCAGCUCGAAGCUCACAAGUGAGACAAGCGAGCUAGGGAAUCUGUCAAAUCAAGUCAGCACUUUAUCGAAGCAGAUGACCGAGGUUCAAGGCACCAGGAAGCAAACGGAGCAGGAGCUUUCAACAACUACUGCACAAAAAAGAGCCUUUGAAGGUCGCCUCGCUCAAUUGAGGUCCUUGUACGAGAAGGAAGUGCAAGAGGUGAAGGUGCUCAGAGAACAAUUGACCGCUAACAGGACCGAGAUCAAGCGGCUGCAACAAGACAUGGCAAUGAUAGAUGGCACACACCAGGAUCUUUCAACGCAGCAUCAACAACUACGUGCACAGCUAGAAUCUGACCAACGCGAGAAUCUAGCUCUCAAAGAGCGAAUUCGACAGACCAAUCAAGAAGUCGACCAAUUGAAACCACAGCUAGACAAGCUCAAGUCCGAGGCACGGCAAACAAAAGGGUUGGUUGCCAUCAAUAAGAAACAACUGGCGACUAACGAGACAGAACGAGACCGAAUUAAAGCUGAAAUCGCAGCUGCUCAAAAAGAAGUAGAGGAUGCCCAGAGAGAAGCCGAAGAAUCCGCACGACAGGUCGAGGCUUCGAAGAAAGAAUUGGAGGAGGCGCGUAGCGUUCCUGUUCCGACCGUCAAAAGCCCUCCUUCUGUCGCAAGCCCAGCCCCUUCGACGAGUUCCAAUCCGUUCUUCAGACGAACCACCGAAACUAGCUUCUCUCCGCCAAUUGCUGAAGAACAACCGAAAGACAAUACCCAGAAUGCUUUUGAUAGUAUAUUCGGUCCAUCAUUCGGUGCGGCCGCGGCGCCUGCACCCGCCGUCUCCUUCUCUAGUUCCUCGCCUCCUCCUAAUUCGACGAUUACUCAGCCAAACGAAACAGCAGAAUCAACGCCAUAUCGUGAGCCAGAGGAAGCGCCAUCGCCGCCUCAGUCGCGACAGCUGACAUCUGCUGCUCUUCCUUUUCGAAGACAACUGGAACGAGAAGACUCUGUUAGCUCUUCAGUGAAGGUAGCACCACCAACGAGCCGACUUAGUCCUGCCGAGACACCUCGCGCGCUGACACCGACGACCUCUACCUCGAGCCCAUCUGGCAUCCCAGAAUCGCAUGACGAUCCGUUCACCGCCGCAGCACCGGAUGCAGAACAAGAAUCAGUACGGCAAACGCUCCCUCAGCCCUCAUCGAGUGACUCGGCUGAAAACGCUUUUGGAAAGCCAUCCUCAGGCUUAGUCGGCAUUCCUGGCGCUUUCCCUUCAACCUCUCGAUCAGAUACUCCUGCUGAAGGUGUAAGCUCACAUGAUGCGACUCCUGGAGCUGGACUUGCCGCCGCUGCUCUCGGAACCGGCGCCGCUGUUACUACUGCUGCUGCUGUUGCUGCGAGUGGCUCUGGGGACGAGACAGCAGCUGCGGAAGCAAACAAAGGGGACGCUCCCAAAUCCCCCGAACAGGGAUUUGAUGAUUACUUUGGCGGGCCUGCCCAUGCGCGAACGGCUUCGCAAAAGGCGGCCGAUUUCGAUUCAGCAUUCGCUAAUAUGCAACAGCCUCCGGCGGCCAACGGUGCUGUUGACAGCGCUGGCAAGGAGUUCCCGGACAUAGAAGAACUGGGUCAAGAUGAUGACAGUAGUGACUACAGUGACGAAACACCCAUGAAAUUCGAGGAUGACUUCACCGCCAAAUCCCCUCCCAAAGACGCUCCCAGUAGCGGCGACAUCAAGGCUGGCAAACAGCCCGAAAUUGCACCAGGAGAGGACGCCCUUCGGCCUCCCUUGCAAGGAGCAGCAUCAACAUCAAGCUCACUCCCGUCGCCUGAUCAGCAAAAAUCACCCCCAACGUAUGGCGAUGUCGUUCCCCAUGAUGACCCUUCACAUUUCCCUCCCGAAUUCAAGGGCUUAUUGCCGGAGAGGCAGGAUCCCACCUUGUCACCCCCUACUGAAGGCGGCGCCAGCAACCCCGGUCCGCUUCCGUCUGGCGAACCCCCGGCCUACGGUCCUGAAGCUCAUCCCAGAAGUCCCUCAGACUUGAAGGCAUCUGCACCCCCACCCACUGUAGCUGCACCUUUUGAUUUUGACAGUGCUUUCUCUGGCGUAGGUGCAGCGCCGGUGGAGGACGACAACGAUGAAGACGAGGACGCUGGUUCUUUCAUCGCUUCCAAGACCGCAGCCGACUUCGAUCCCACGUUUGACUCACCACCGCAGUCAAGGUCAUCGGCCCUUCCUCAGACAAGCACAUAUGACUCUGUGACGACAAAUGGUGCAUCUCAAGGAGGGGUGCACAAUUUCUCACUUUCGAAUGGUUCAUCUGGUGGGCCCGAGACUGGGCGCAACGCUGGAGGCUCACAUGAUUGGGAUGCUCUUUUUGUACCGCUGAACACCAACACAGCGUUCCCAUCGACAGAGCCCGCAGGACAAGAACCUGCCCUUCCUGCUGAACAGCCUGCAGAAGCGACACCUGUCUCGCCCGCCGCACCAGCCCCAGCUAGCCUGGCGGCGCCGAUGUCUAAACCGGAGCGCCCCCAGCCUGGUCGUGCACUGAGUACCGGAACUGAGCACGACGACCCGAUCCUUAAAAGACUAACGGCAAUGGGUUGGUCACGCGAAGAAAGUCUGGCGGCGCUGGAGAAAUUCGAUUAUAACAUUGACAAGGCUGCUGAUUUCUUGACAUUCCGUUCAUGACACUAAUUGGCAAGUGUGUUGUGGUGGAAUGGAAAGGCUUUUUUCUAGAAUAGUCUUCUAGCAGCCUUUUCUAGCAUUUAAAAAAGAAGAUGGAGUUUCGUAGAGUAAAGCUAGGAGCUAGAUAUCUAUACCUUUGCUUGACUCGCAGCUUCCAGUCCCAAGGAGCUCGGAAAGAAUAGUGUGUGAUAUUGAGCGAGUUGAGAAGGGGAAAUUUAUAUUCUGCUCUUUUUGUCCUCCGUAAAAGUAGAUCUGUAGCCAAUCGAUGCUGCGGUCCUCUCUGGUAAAUAAAUGAAAAAGUUCGAGACAGACUGCGCAAUCUCAGGCACGACGUAAGAUACUGUCCGAC